CUGUUCCCGCUCAUUCGUGGUCGAUCCUCCGUGCGAAGAGCAUCGUUCAAGCAGAGGCUCCGCUGGUGAACACUGCUAUCGAUAGCAGACAGAUACUACGUAUACUACCAUCGGCAUCAUCCCAGGACAGGGAACAGGAGACAUAGUUUUGUGGAAAAAAGAAAGAGCAGUGUGUUGUGUAGUGCCCGUGCCGCUAUCUCCUACCGGUUGCGUUCGUUAUCAUUACAGGAAAAGCACCAUCUGAACAAACUCCUCGUCCAAAUAAAACAACACCCUACAAGAACACAAGAUGGGCUACAAUCUCGGAACCGAGGAGCUGUCGAGCAAAUCGAGUGGCCUCUGGAGAGCUUUGCUAGCAGAGUUUGUAGGUAUUUUCAUUCUCAACUUUUUUGCCUGUGCCGCAUGCACGCACGCGAACGGCGACAAGACGCUGAUUUCACUGGCCUUUGGAUUGAGCGUGUUCAUGGUGGUGAUGGCGAUCGGUCACAUCAGCGGAGGACACAUCAACCCGGCCGUCACGGCCGGUAUGCUGGCCGCCGGCAAGGUUAGCCUGAUUCGUGCGUUACUGUACGUGGCGGCGCAGUGUGCAGGUGCCGUCGCGGCCACCACCGCCCUCGACGUGCUCAUCCCGAAGAGCUUCCAGCAUGGGCUCGGAAAUACCGGCCUGAAGGAAGGCGUGACCGAAAUGCAAGGUUUGGGUUUCGAGUUUUUCCUCGGCUUCGUGCUGGUUCUGUGCGUGUUUGGCGUGUGCGAUGAGAACAAACCGGACUCACGGUUCGUCGCCCCGCUGGCCAUCGGGCUCACCGUUACCCUGGGACACCUGGGCAUCGUCGAGUACACCGGUUCGAGCAUGAACCCGGCCCGCUCCUUCGGUACCGCUCUGGUCACGGAUAGCUGGAGCAACCACUGGAUCUACUGGGCUGGCCCGAUUCUCGGUGGCAUCGCAGCCGCACUCCUCUACAGCUUGCUCUUCAAAGCACCGGCUUCCAACGAUGCCUCGGAACGCUAUCGUACCACGGCCGAUGACAAGGAGAUGCGACGGUUGGACGGCAAGCACGACAUGGCUUAAGCUACUUUUCCACUAGAAUCCUCACCACUGCGGUUCUACAACGUAACGAAAGAAAGAAAAUUAAAAUUACGAACAAAACCCCUCCCCGCUUGGAAUCCCGAAGCGCGAAGACUCUUUCGGAAGUCGUUGGGGGCUCCCGUGUCUCCAUCGGCGCUGCCAGGUUCCAUCCAGCAUACCCAGCCAGCUCAAGUGCGUUUACUACAUUUUAAUUUUAAUGCUAUUUAACUCACUGACCCCAAUCGCCGUCGAACGCACGGUUGCCGGAAUCGGCGCAAGCAAUCGUCGUUUUUCGACCGUUUGUCUUCUACAUCCAUUCUAAAAAACCCCCCACAACCACGUGUAGGUGUUGGAAAGCUGUUUUCGGUUCAAACGAAAACAUGCCUUUCAUCCGCACCCCGCGUGGCCUACUUCGUUCGUUAGGUUAAGGUAGUUGUAAAAGUCGUAACCCGUAACGUUACUUUUUGUACCGCGUGGUAUGAAAGAAAAAUGUUUGGCGGUACAUAAUUUUAAUAAAAUAAACUAUCGUGCUAAGCGCACUUAC